UGAAGAUGACAAAGCUAUCAGGAGUUGGUAGACAGAGACUAGAGAGUUUGUGUCAGCUCGGUCAACACUACUGACUGGUCAGAAGUAAACCGGUCGUUGCCUCGCAGAGAUAACAGUCACCUGUAGGAAACUGGAGCAUAAGAGCAGCGUAAAGACGGAUCACCAUCAGUGGCCUCUGUACAGUUGCCUCCAACAAGAAGGCAUCCAUACUCUACCUCCAGGGAAGAGACAGGUCAUGGAGAAGUAUUUUAGGCCUGUUCACAGCCCCUCUGGCCAAGGUGAGUUGAAAUUGCAGAAGCACCACCAUCCCGAAGACCAGGAGUUGCACAGGUUUACACUCUUCGAGGACUCUGAUGUCAAUCAUGAAGAAAACCACCACCUCCAUGGAAAUGAUCACUACCUCUACAACAACCCUCACCAUCAUCCAAUGCACCAAACUCCUCACAACGAAGAGGAUGAGAUACUUUACAACCACGGCACUCCUGUAACUCUCUCCAGAGCUUCAUCAUCUUCCCUUUCCUCAUCCUCCUCCUCUUUCUCCUCAUCGUCCUGGUAUACAGAGGCAAGCGCCAACAAUGCCUUCUCUCUGCGCCACGCUGAACGUCCGCAGCAUUCUCUGUCCUGCUCCAACAUCCCAGACGUCCGCAGGGUUUUCCGGGAAGACGACAGCAGCGAGCCGGUUGUCUUUGCCACCGUCAAUCAUGGCAGCCGCAGCAGUGUUGGUUGUCACACUCAUGGCAGCUCACAACAGAAUACCAACGCUGUUCAUUCAGCUCUUGACCGAGGUCAUAGCAGAAGCGAGGAGGGCCUUCUGGAGGGUUUUGAAGGACGUGAUGGCAGAAAACCAUCCAAGGCACCGAGCAGCGGGCAACUGUACAAGACGUCGAGUUUGACUCGGAGCCUGGCUUUCACUGAUAAAGACCUUCUCCUAGGAGAUUCCAGAGGCCCAAAGAGAGCGGUAUCAUCCAGUCAGCUUCCCAGCAAAGGAAUCCUCAAGAACAAGGAGCCUCAUGCUGACAUACGAAAAGCUAAAUCGAUGGAGGUGAUAUCCCCAAGAGUUCCCACACGACAAGCGCCUAGUGGACAGAAGGGGACAGGCAUUGAUCCAUCUGAGAUAGAGCGAGUGAAGGAAAAUGUACUUCAAGGAAAGUUGCAAUUUUCUGCUUUCCUGGAUGAGAUAACUAAGCAAGUGAUAAGUCCAUCGUAUCUCACCAUGAUGGGUGUGAACAAUAACAAAACAAGUAACAAGCCUUGCACACUCGACCCAGUUAAGCCUCAACUCCCACCAAAGAAGAACAGGAAGAGCCUUGUCGAGAAGAGGGAAGAGUAUCCCAAACACAACAAGAGGCAGGAGAAAGGUGCUAGUAGCGGCUCUGGAAAACACUCGGACUGCUCUAAUCCUGACAAACUGAUCUCAUAUGCAGCCUGCAGCCACCAGGUUAGCCCCCCACCCCAUCAAUAUCGCUUCUCCCCAAGUCACAAUACUAACCAGGGAAAAUCCCGCAAAGACAAGAGGAUGUCACCCCUUGGGGGUUUCGUAUCUGAGAACAGACUUGGCAGGUUAGGUGUACCCCACCUAACUGAUGGAAUCAGCUCCAGCCCGGAACCAAGUCAGCCCAAACAGCGGCACCACCACAGCAAGCAGCAAACCACCGCCUUCCAUAGUCCACUUACCCAGCACUUCCCUCAACCUCACCAGGGGCAUCCUAGUGCCAGCCAACCAGGGCACAGCACCUCGCCACCAUCCUCAGCACCGCGUGCAAGACCGGGCCUCGGAUCAGAGUCUUCAUCUUGUAAGUCAGACUCGUCCAGAACCCGAGACACAGCCUCCAGAGCUACCAGUCCCAGCUCGGAGCACAGCGGGCGGCAUCAUUCAGAGUUUUCGGUGACCUCAAAGCAAUACAGAGACCGACUGUGUGACUCUGAGCAGCUUCAGGUGCUCCGAGAGGAAAAUAGUGACCUUCACCAGAACUUGCUGCAGACUGUGGUCUGCAUCGAGAGCCUGGAGUCGGAGCUGCAGAGGACCAGGGACGAACUGAGCAACGUCAACGAAAAAUACAAAAGCCUGCUGGACUCCCACUCAGGAAGCAGGGCAACCAACAACCUGCUGGGGGACAACUUGCACAUUGCGUCGGAGAGUGCGAGCAGUGACAGGAAGUACCUCCUCAGUCGAGUGUCCGACCUGACCUCGGAGCUGGGGGACGCUCACAGGACCAUCGCGUCUCUGCAGAACAUCAAUCUUCCCUCCCUGAUGAAGGAUUUACUGCAGAAGCAUCUGAGCUCCACUGAGGCCGUGCCGACAACUCCGACUCCUUCUGCUCCUGCCAGUUCUCCACAUGCUCCUCGCACUCCUAAGUGGGAGGACGCCACCCACGCCUGCUUCGCCCAAUCAGAGACCGCCGCCACUUUUGCUCCCUUCAAAAAAGAAGCGCGCAAAACCGGCGCCGAUCCCUGCCUGCCCGCAGGCCCGCUGGAGGACAUCAGCGCCGCCAUCUAUGAGAAAAUACUGGCCAGGUACACGAGUGUCUCCCCUCAUGAUCACCACAAGUCCUCCGUGGGAGUCCCUCUCAGGCCCCAGCAGCUCCACGGUGCUGACAGCCCGGGUGGGAAGGGAGAAGUCCUGGUGACUCUUCUGGAGCAGGACGCCGUGGACGUGACCUCCAUGUCUGCACAGCAGAUCCUGGAUGAGUUCAUGCAGCAGCUGCACACCCACCAGGGGAAGGAGCAGGAGUGAUUGGAGCAGGACAGUGAUUUCCAGAAGAGGGAAUUAAUUCAUGUAGUUGUUAGGAAGUAUUGUAAAAACCUACAAGUAUAAUGAAGUUUAGUCCUUAUCUGUCUAACUGUUCUCGCAGAAAGAAAAUUCAAUCUGCUUUUUGGAACUUCUUUAAUGGAUUAGAGUGUGGGUUUUCCAUUAGAGUUUUUGAAAGCUGCUGUUGGUGUAGCUUAGAAAUGGACAAAUGAAGGUAAUACUUCUGCAAGAAAUGUCUGGUUUCCGUAAGAACUUCAUUACAAACUAGAAGAGGCAAUUACUGAAGGAAUGGCGUGUGAAUGCUCCAAUGCUGAAGUGGAAGUGAAAUACUGACAGAAUGUACUUCGAAUGGAAGAAUAGUUUGAAUGUUGGAAUGCUUUGAAUGUUGAAGAGUUGGAAUUUCCAGGAAAACGGGAUUUGGUUUGAAACUCGGGAAAGUGUUAGUUGGAUGAGUGGAAUGUGUUGAUGUUGGAAUGGUUUGAAUAGGUUGAAAAAUGUGCAAAUUGUGGAUGUUUUGAUGGUGGAACGGUUGAAGUCGAUUGAAAAAUGUGGAAGGAGUAGUCGACAGAAAAAAGGGUGAAAAAAAGGGUUUGAAAAAAAGGGAAUUCCUGGAAUUUUUUUAACUUGGAAAAAUGAUAGUUUGAAUGUCCAGGAUGAGUGGAAUAUGUUGAAGGGGGAAUGGUUUGAAUAGGUUGAAAAAUGUGCAAAUUGUGGAAGUUUAAAAAAAUGGAAAAUUCAUUUUGAAUGGGGAAUAUGUCCCUGGAAACUGGGAAUUCUUGGAAAUCCUGGAAUUUUUGGGGGGAAUUAUUGAAGGAGAGCACACAAUUCCCAAACAGGCUGAGUAUUUUGAAUUUGGAACAGUUUGAGUUGGAUGGAAAAUGUGGGAAUUGUGAAACUUUGAAAAAUGUCCCUUUUAUUUCAAUGGGAAUUUCAUGGAAAUUUGGGAAAAGCUAGAAUAAUUUGCGAAAUGUAAAAAAAAAAAAAACUUGAAUAUUUUGAAUGAGUUCAAGUGGUUGGUGGUGGAAUUUUUCAAAUCGGUCGAGACAUGUUGAAGUAGUAGCAUUUUUAUAUGAGAAAUGGUAUUAAAGAAUUCCAGGAGUUUCGGGCAAAACGGGAAUUUUUCCAGUUCAAAAAACAAUUUUGUUUUUUGUCCUGAUUAAGAGGAAUGUUCUGCUGGUGGAACGGCAAAGAAUUCCAGGAAGUUUGGGAAAAACGGGAAUUUUUCCAGUUCAAAAAACAAAUUUGUUAUUUGUCCUGAUUAAGAGGAAUGUUUUGACGGUGGAACAGUUGAAGUGGGUUGAAAAAUGUGGGAGGAGUAGUCGACUGAAAAAAGGGUGAAAAAAGGGUUUAAAAAAAAAGAGAAUUCCUGGAAAAAAUUUUAACUUGAAAAAAUUAUAGUUUGAAUGUCCAGGAUGAGUGGAAUAUGUUGAAGGUGGAAUGGUUUGAAUCGGUUGAAAAAUGUGAAAAUGGUGGAAGUUUGAAAAAUGGCCAAUUCAUUUUGAAUGGGAAAAAUGUCCCGGAAAACCUGGAAUUCUGGGAAAUUUGGGAAUUUUUGGAAUUUGUCAAGGAAAAGCCUGCAAUUCCCGAAUAGGCUGAACAGUUUGAAGUUGGAAUGGUUUGAAUCGGGUGAAAAAUGUGGGAAUUGACAAACUUUGAAAAAUGUCCCAUUCAUUUCAAUGGGAAUUUCAUGGAAAUUUUGGAAUUUUGGGAAAAGCGGGAAUUUUUUUGGAAAAUGUUAAAAUAACUUGAAUGUUCUGAAUGAGUUCAAAUGGUUGGUGUUGGAAUAUUUCAAAUUGGUCGAGACAUGUGGAAGUAGUAACAUUUUUAUAUGAGAAAUGGUAUUAAAGAAUUUCAGGAAUUUUGGGAAAAAAGGGGAUAUUUCCAGUUAAAAAAAGUACUUCUUUUUUUGUCCCAAUUACGAGGAAUGUUUUGACGGUGGAACGGUUGAAAUGGGUUGAAAAAUGUGGAAGGAGUAGUCGCCAGAAAAAAAGUGUGAAAAAAGGGUUUGAAAAAAGGGAAUUCCUGGAACUUUUUUGAACUUGGAAAAAUGAUAGUUUGAAUGUCCAGGAUGAGUGGAAUAUGUUGAAGGUGGAAUGGUUUGAAUCGGUUGAAAAAUGUGGAAAUGGUGGAAGUUUGAAAAAUGGCCAAUUCCUUUUGAAUGGGAAAAAUGUCCCGGAAAACCUGGAAUUCUGGGAAAUCUGGGGAUUUUUGGAAUGUCUCAAGGGAAAGCUCGCGAUUCCCGAACAGGCUGAACAGUUUGAAGUUGGAACGCUUUGAAUCGGGUGAAAAAUGUGGGAAUUGAGAAACUUUGAAAAAUGUCCCAUUCAUUUCAAUGGGAAUUUCAUGGAAAUUUUGGAAUUUUGGGAAAAGCGGGAAUUUUUUGGAAAAUUUAAAAAAACUUGAAUGUUCUGAAUGAGUUCAAAUGGUUGGUGUUGGAAUUUUUCUAAUCGGUCGAGGCAUGUUGAAGUAGUAACAUUUUUAUAUGAGAAAUGGUAUUAAAGAAUUCCAGGAAUUUUGGGAAAAACGGGAAUAUUUCCAGUUCAAAAAAGUACUUUGUUUUUUGUCCCAAUUAAGAGGAAUGUUUUGACGGUGGAACGGUUGAAAUGGGUUGAAAAUUGUGGAAGGAGUAGUUGCCAGAAAAAAGGGUGAGAAAAGGGUUUGAAAAAAAGGGAAUUCCUGGAAUUUUUUUGAACUUGGAAAAUUAUAGUUUAAUUGUCCAAGAUGAGUGGAAUAUGUUGAAGGUGGAAUGGUUUGAAUCAGUUGAAAAAUGUGAAAAUGGUGGAAGUUUGAAAAAUGGCCAAUUCAUUUUGAAUGGGAAAAAUGUCCCGGAAAACCUGGAAUUCUGGGAAAUUUGGGAAUUUUUGGAAUUUGUCAAGGAAAAGCCUGCAAUUCCCGAAUAGGCUGAACAGUUUGAAGUUGGAACGGUUUGAAUCGGGUGAAAUAUGUGGAAGGUAGAGCGCACCAAAAUGUGGAGAAUAAUAAUAAUAAUAAUAAAUAGAUGCAUUUAAGUGUAGAAAACAUGUGUGAAUGUUUGGAACAUUCACACAUUUAGUUCAGUCGUCCCUCGUUUCGUCCCUUCUUCCAGACAUGACCGCGGUAAAGAAGUUUCCGUGAAGUAGAAAUCACUAAUAAACAUCAAACGCUAGAACAUAAAAAGCCUGUUUGCGACCUUUUGAAUAUGUUUUUAACAUUAUGAGAGCCCUCAAUAAGACCCUUUAGUCAAAUUACACUCUUUUAAGACAAUACAGUCAAGCUCUAAUUGGGUUGGUCUCCACUCUAGUAUUGAUAUUUUGACUUUAGUUAGUCAUUUUAAAAUAGUCAAUUUAGGUGUAUGUUUGUGGAAUAUGCUUUCAAAAAAAUUGAGAUAUUUGAAGCGUGAUUUGGCGGGGAACAAUUGUAUGAUCAUAUUUGUAUAUAUAUAUAUAUAUAUAUAGUACAAACCCCAUUUCCAUAUGAGUUGGGAAAUUGUGUUAGAUGUAAACAUAAACGGAAUACAAUGAUUUGCAAAUCAUUUUCAACCCAUAUUCAAUUGAAGACAACA